UGGAGAAGGCAAAAGACCCGAUCAACCUUCAUGGACACUGAGAAAGGUGAAAGCUUGGAAAUUGAACUGUUGUCAUGCCCAGUGUGCUAUGAACCACUAAUUCGGAAAGGCCCAACUGGUCUCAACCUGCAAGCAAUAUACAGGUCGGUUUUUGAGUGCAAGAAAUGCCACAAGUCUUAUUCAAGCAAAGACAUUUACUUGGAUCUAACUGUUACUGCUGGCUUGAAGAAAUAUGUUGAAGCCAAACCAGCUGGGACUGAGUUCUUCAGGAGACCAUUUGUUUCCUACAUUUAUGAAAGAGGGUGGCGUCAGUAUUUUGGAGGCGGCUUCCCAGGUCCUGAUGAAGAGUUUAAAAUGGCUCAGGAAUACUUUAAACCUGCCAAAGGUGGUGUCUUAGUGGAUGUAAGCUGUGGGAGUGGUAUGUUUGCGAGGAAGUUCGCCAAAUCUGGGAUCUACUCUGGAGUUGUUGCACUCGAUUUUUCUGAGAGUAUGCUCCGUCAGUGUUUUGGUUUUGUGACAAGAGACCCUACUACUCUUUUAGCUGCGAAUCUUGCUCUUGUAAGGGCAGAUGUUUCGAGACUUCCAUUUGCAUCAGGUUCCGUUGAUGCUGUACACGCCGGCGCAGCAUUGCACUGCUGGCCCUCUCCUUCCAAUGCUGUUGCUGAAAUCACUCGUAUAUUAAGAAGUGGUGGGAUCUUUGUUGGAACCACUUUUCUGAGGUCUAGUCCUUCCACCCCUUGGAUAUUCAAGCCUUUCAGAGAGAGGAUUCAUCAAACUAACACAUAUUUAACGGAAGAAGAGCUUGAGGACUUGUGUACUUCCUGUGGUCUCACCAACUAUUCUAUUAAAGUGCAGCAAUCCUUCAUCAUGUUUUCUGUCCAGAAACCAUGAGUUAAGCAACUGUUCCGAUCAGAAAACAGAAUCGAAGACUAGGUUUGAGCCAUUUAACUACCAUUUGUUUGUACAUGAAUCAACAAAAACAGAAUCGCUUCUUGUUUUGUUAUGUAGUU